UCAUUUUGAAGCAGCCAGAUGGACAGAAAGAGAGACAGGAGCAAUGUUUGUGGGCUGUUGAUCAGGCCGGAAGCUGAGUGUGGUUAGCUUAGCGGAACAAUAGAGGGGAAGCUGUUUUUUUUUUUUUUCCAAAUAUAAACUGAAUAUGCUCUGCGUAGUCCCUCAAACUUAAGUAGAGCCGGCUACAGGAGGAGAGUUAAGAGAGUCAGUUGAGAGGAAUCGAGACAGACACCAAAAUCCACCCUUCCACCGCAAAGUCUGACUGAGGAGAGGCCCCGCGGUUCAGGCGUGAGACCAGUCAUGCUGCCAGUGUGACCUCUCAAGGGACCGUACGGGCUGCUGUGAUGGCAGUUCUGACAGGUGUGAAGCCUGGGACAGGACACGAGGAAGGUGAAAGGAGGCUUUCCUGGCUCGUUUUCCUCCUGACACUCGCCGCUGUCACCUCGUCCUCUCUUUCAGCUUUGUCCCUGUACAAGCUGAUCGCUCUCAGAGCCGAGGUGGAGGGACUCAGGGCGGAGGUCAGUCGAAGGAGAGAGGAGGGUCAAGAGGUUAAUCGUGGAGGCCAGAGUGAGAACAUCAGGAGAAGCAGCCAAGAGACGAUACAGCAGCGACCUGCGUUCACCCUCAUCAGGACGAGGAGGAUGGUGGCUGGAGCAGAGACGUUAGUUUCUCAGCCUUGUCUUCAGCUGCUGGCGAACAACAGCAGGAAAACCUUCAGGAAAGAAUUUGAGUUGGAGCCUCACACAGGCAUCCCGUGGCAGGCUGGACUGAGGAGGGGCUCGGCCCUGGAGACAGACGGUGACAGCAUCUUAGUCAGAGAGGAGGGCUUCUUCUUUGUGUACAGUCAGGUCUUCUACAUGGACAGCACAUUUGCAAUGGGUCACGUGGUGAUCCGGAGGAAGAGGAACGUGGUGGGAGACGAGCCUCAGUAUGUGAUCCUGUUCCGCUGCAUCCAGAGCAUGAACCCUGUCCACCCUUACAACACCUGCUACACAGGGGGUAUUGUGAAGCUGGAGGUCGGUGACCACUUGGAGCUUCUGAUCCCACGCUCCACAGCCAGCGUGUCCCUGGACGGAGACGCCACCUUCCUGGGUGCUGUCAAACUGGCCUGAAUUGUGUCCCCUCACCUUGGACCCGUGGGACGCUGCUGUCAUUGGAAAAGAGGUUUCAUACUGGGAAGCUUGACUUUGGAUGUUCGAGGGAAGAAUACAGGAAGAAAACAUGAAUACUGAAUGAUUGAAGACUGUUGCAUGUUUCAUACAAUUUACUUACAUGUACCUUAUACUAUAGCUCGAUUGUAUUCAUUUUAACUGCACAUCAGGACAAAAUAUUCUAAGAAAAAAAGCCAGAAUCAGGUAAUAUUUCCUCAGAUAUUUACAAAUACAUGAUAUGACUUGAAGGUUAUGUGUCACUAGUGUGAACUCAUUCUUAUACUGUUAAAUUCAUUAAUAAUCUUUCCAUCAGUACCAGCUGCAUCACUGUACCACUGAAAUAGUUUUAACCUCACAUGCCUCGUUCUUUCAGCAGUUCUAAGUCUGGUUGUCAUCUCAAUGCCACAGUUUUGUUUUUGUCUACUUGCACAUGUCUAAAUUAUAUGACAUUAAAGUGAGCCUUAAGCGAUGACAUCAUCUGGAGUGUGGUUUGAAGUUGUUGUUCUAAUAGUGGCCACUAGUGGAAAAAAAGGCAGCAAAGAGACAAAUCAAACUGAGGCUGAGCAGGAACAGACAGAGUUAAGAAGAAGAAACAAAAAGCAAUAGUUCAAUGUUUCGAUGAUCCUUAGAAGAAUCAUUUUUUGUGAUGAUCAUAUGAUAUGAAUAUAACGUCAUAUCGUGUUUUAUAAACAUCUGCUGCAUAAAUCCAUGAA